UUAAGAAUUCACAGUUUUUAUUUAUUUUCAGUCUUCCAAUUUGACUAUGUCUCCACUGAUUACAGUUAUAUUCUAUCAUUAUUUGCUAUUACUUCUAAUGUCAAAGUUAACCAUAUUGAUUCAAUAGCUUGUUUCUUCUGUUCUAUUCAUAUGCACACUUAUACAUGUAACCAUUUUUCUAAGCAUAAAGCAAUUCUAUUUUGCUUUUUGAUGAUUGAUAAUAUAUUUAGAUUGUAUAGACUCUUUCAACUUUGCCUCAUUGCUUCAUCCUAUCAAGAUAGAUUUGAGUAGUUUUAAUUAUUGAACUUGCUUGGUAGAGGAAAUGUAGAACUUUUUUCCCUUAAGUUCCAGAUAUCUUUUUUAUUACUAUGAUGAAGUCAAUAGAUUGUUCUCAAGAAAUAAUCAAAUCAUUGAACUGGUAUUAUUUCCUUUUGUUCUUUACUGUCUGUGUAGAAGACUUUUUAAUGUAGUAAGUUCACAUAUGAUAAAAUUUUGAUCCAGUGCUUCUCAAAAAGUUAUUUUCAAAUCUGUUAAAAGAUUUAUUUUCAGAUUUAUUUAUAUAGAAUAGUUUCUGAGUUAUGUAAGAGAUUGAGUAGGUAUUUAGACUUCAUAAGAGAUUGAUUUAGGGGUUAAGCUCUGUGGUUUAGCUCAGCAGUAGAGCAUGUGUUUAGCAUGCCCAAGGCCCUGGAUUCAAUCCCAGCACACACAAAGAGACUGAUUUAACUGGUAUUCUUCUGGGUAUUUUUUGUUCCUUUUCAAACUAUCUAGGAAGUAUGGGUUCUUGCUUUCUUUCCUUCAUAAAUUCAUUUUGUAUUCUAUAUAAUUAUACUCAAUUACUGUUUGAGAAACAACUUUUUAUUGACACUUUGAUAGUUAUUUAAUGAUAUAUAUGUUAUCUAAAGCAAUGCCUAGAAAAACCAAGUAUGAAAAUGGAGACUUACUUAGGGUAUCUGAUCACAGGAAUCAUUUUCAUCAUCAAUUAAAUUCAGUACUCUCACAUAAUUUCUAGAUAUUUGUGCAUUAAUGUUCCCUUUCAAGUUUAUGUUUUACAUUUAGAAGUUGGCCUUAAUAUAAUUAACUGUUAGUCGAGUACCUAGUGUUUGGGGAAGGGAUCAAUUGUAGAAAGGGAAUUCUUCUGACAGAUGCCUAAAUUAGUCUUGAAGUCAAGAAAAAUGCUGGAGUGUUGUGAGUAUCUCAGUCGUUCCUUCAUUUGGAGAAAAGAUUUUUGCCUCGUUCUCUUCUAACAUGUGCAUUUCCUCUGAUUAGAAAAAGACCAACUGUUAACCUCUUAUUACUAUAUGAGCCUAUAUCUCUACUGUAUAAGCCCAUCUCCAAGAAACCUCCUUUAUAAUAAACACUGGAAAAUAAACACAUCCAAAAUUCACCAAGUUCCCUAUAUAUCCAUCUAAUUUAUCUGUUGGAAAUCCAAAUCCCAUUAAAUUUGCAAAGGCUUCGGACUGCUGUUUUCUAAAUAGACUCUGAGUGUCGCUGUUGGCCAAUUUGCUGCAAGAGCUGGAUCCUGAGAUCCACCCAGAGUGGUAUUCUGCGUAGUCACAGAAGCCAGGGUGAAAGGAGAGUGGCCGGGACUUGUGUUUUGUUUUAGGCAAGAAUCCGUUGAGAUUGGGAUACACUCAAACUAGGAGCAUUGGGUUUUCUCUGCAGUGGAAAUAAAUAUUUUUAAAGCAAUUUGUGAAGCAUCUUAUCUUAUCAUCGAGGCUGCAACAACACAAAAAGAAGAAUGGAAUAUAGGGCGAAGAAAAGGAGCAGGACCCUCUAUCGGCAAGUACUCUUUCCUUUCCUGCUGCCUUUGUUCUGUGCAGCUCUUGGGAAGCAAAUCCACUAUUCUAUUCCAGAAGAAAUGGCCAGGGGCUCGGUGGUGGGGAACCUUGCUGAGGACCUGGGGCUGAAUGUUCAGGAUUUACUGACCCGCAACCUUAGAAUUGGUGCAGAGGAAAAAUACUUUACUAUAAACACUGAGAAUGGGAAUAUACUUGUGAGUGAAAGAAUAGAUCGGGAGUUGCUCUGCUCCCAGAAUUCCCUGUGUGUUGUGCCCUUAGAGAUUGUAGCAGAAAAUCCUCUAAAUGUUUUUCACAUAAACGUGAUGAUAGAGGAUAUAAAUGAUAAUCCACCCAACUUCCCCCAGAGCAGCAUUCUUCUACAAAUCAAUGAACUUGCAAUUCUGGGGACUCGGUUUGGCCUGGAAUCUGCUAUAGAUGCAGAUGUAGGACCUCACUCUCUCCAGGAUUACCAGCUCAGCUCUAACGAACAUUUCUCUUUGAUGGUGAAGGGCAAGUUGGAAGACAAAAUUGCCCCUGAAUUAGUGUUGGAAAAGCCCCUGGAUCGGGAACAACAGAGCUCCCAUCUCCUGGUCCUGACAGCAGUGGAUGGGGGAGACCCAGUCCUGACUGGCACAACUCAAAUUCAAAUCAAGGUCAUUGAUGCCAAUGAUAACCCACCAGUGUUCAGCCAGGAUAUGUACAAAGUCAGCCUUAAAGAGAACAUGCCCCCAGGCACCUCUGUGCUGAAGGUGACAGCCACCGACCAAGAUGAGGGCAUCAAUGCAGAGAUCACCUACUCCUUCAAAUCGCUAGGACAUAAUAUUGUAAAUAAGUUUAUGCUAGACCAUCAAAAUGGAGAAAUUAUAUCCAAAGACCCUAUAGACUUUGAAAUCAGUAGCCAUUAUACCAUAAGCAUAGAAGCCAAGGACGGUGGAGGCAUGGCCACAGAAUGUAAAAUUAUACUAGAAAUUCUAGAUGAGAAUGACAAUGCUCCAGAUGUGGUUUUUACGUCAGUGUCCAGUUCCAUAACCGAGGACACAAAGCCAGGCACCGUGAUUGCCCUGUUCAAAACACAUGACAAAGAUUCAGGAGAAAAUGGGGAAGUCACAUGCCUCAUAAAAGAAAAACUUCCUUUUAGAAUUGAAUCUUCCGCCAAGAAUUACUACAAACUUGUAACAGAUGGGACCCUGGACCGGGAGAAGACCCCAGAGUACAAUGUCACCAUCACUGCUACCGACAAGGGCAAACCACCCCUUUCUUUCAGCACAAGCAUCACCCUACAUAUUGGCGACGUCAACGACAAUGCUCCAGUUUUUCAGCAGACCUCCUACAUGGUGCACGUGGCUGAAAACAACCCUCCAGGAUCUUCCAUCGCUCAAGUUAGCGCCUCCGAUCCAGAUUUGGGGUCCAAUGGCCAAGUCUCCUACUCGAUCGCAGCCAGCGACCUAGAGCCUCGGGCAUUGUUAUCCUACGUGUCUGUGAGCGAAAAGAGCGGCGUGGUGUUCGCGCAGCGAGCCUUCGACCACGAGCAGCUGCGUUCCUUUGAACUGACGCUUCAGGCUCGCGACCACGGCUCUCCCGCGCUCAGCGCCAACGUGAGCCUGCGCGUGUUGGUAGGCGACCCUCGCGCUUUGGGCGACAAGGACGCGACUCGCCAGCGCCUGCUGGUCGCUGUGCGUGAUGGUGGACAGCCACCUCUUUCGGCAACAGCCACUCUGCUCCUGGUCUUUGCUGACAGCCUGCAGGAGGCACUGCCAGACCUCAGUGACCGCCCUGUGCCCUCUGACCCCCAAGACGAGCUACAGUUUUACCUGGUGGUGGCCUUGGGCUUUAUCUCAGUGCUCUUCCUCCUGGCAGUGAUUCUGGCUAUUGCCAUGCGCCUGGGUCACUCCUCCAGUUCUGCUUCCUGGGGUUGCUUUCACUAUGAUCUCUGUUCUCAGGCUAGGCCAAGCGUUUCUCUCAACUACAAUGAGGGAACUUGGCCUUAUUCAUACAAUAUGUACGUUGCUUCGGAUUCCCGCAAAACAGAGUUUAAUUUUCUCACUAUGACGCCAGAAAUGUUCCCCCAACAAGAUCUUUCUAAUGAAGCUACUUUGGCAGUAAAUGUCACUGUGGAGAAUAACAAGAUAAAUUUUGACUCUGUUGCUUCUACUCACGACUCUGAGCGCCGCUGUUCACCAAUCAGGGAGAGAAAAGCAGAGAUCCUGUUCGCCUGCAUGCGCCAAAAACACAAGCACAGAUAG